UUAUGUGAGUUUGAUCAUGUUUUCAACCGAAAGGAAAAUCUAGAAUCUUUGAGUUGGUGAGCUAGAGAAGAGAGAGAAAGAAGAGAGAGAAAGAACGGGGUGAUGGGAAGAGUGUUUUUGGUGGAUUUGGAUGGAAAAGCUUAUCGCUGUAGAUUCUGUGAUAGCCCAUUAGCUCUAGCUGAAGAUGUUUUAUCUCGGUCAUUCAGCUGUCGCCAAGGGAGGGCUUAUCUUUUUGAAAACGCGGUUAAUGUGACAAUUGGACCUGAAGAAGAUAGACUUAUGAUGUCUGGAAUGCAUACAGUUGCAGAUAUAUUUUGUUGUGGCUGUGGCCAACUUCUUGGUUGGAAAUAUAUGGUAGCUCGCGACAAAAACCAAAAAUACAAAGAAGGGAAAGUGGUUCUUGAAAGAUGGAGAAUAACCGAGGAUUCGAGUGAGGAGUUCAAUCUUGAUGCUCGUCAAAAUUCAAGCGAUGCAGAAUAUGCUUAGCAAUUUACCGCAGAUGAAUAGCACACAAGGGAGUGGGGCAGGGUGGGGUGGGCCGUGGUGUGGUCAUUGUAAAUAUGUGUAUCUGCAACAUUUUGAGACUCUACAAUUUCAUCUCAUGCCUCAGGUUUAGUGAAACAGUGUAAAAAUUUACUCCAAUGCUUUUACAUUGAGUUGUCCGGAAAACUGUCCUUUUUAGGCAAUAAAUGAAUUGUUUACACACACUAUUUUUUUUCGA